AUGCCCUUUGUGCAUUCGACAGCACAAUCAGCGAAAAGUUGCCAGAAGCUGUGUAAGCAAAACACACCCUUUCAGCGGAGACGAGGACUGGCCCAGCUGAGCACUGAAAGUCUGAAAGCUGGGCGUCCGGCUGUUUGUCAUGCCUUGGGGGUCAAGCAGUAUCCCGACAUUUCAGCCAAGCCUACCAGCGAACGUCAAUUGGCUAUUCUGGACAACCAAGCCGGUAGAGCGAUUUGGAUCUCGGCCUGCUUCACAUCGUUAGCUUGCUCGAGGCGGUUCGUACGGGCCAGGAGACUAAGGAGAUUGGCUGGUGAGUGGUCUGCCGGAGAACAGGACAGCAGAGAAUUCCAGUCCGAAGCGGAAUAUUUGGAGGCACUCGAAGCCGACGCCGACUUGCCGAAAGGCUUCGGAAUUGCAUCAAGCAGUUUGACUUUCGUCCCCGAGGAAGCCCAAGAAAUGGGGGAGCUCCCCAUGCGAAUAACUGUAAUCCACGUUGACGAGCCCAGUGACAUGGUCGCAGCAGUUUUCACGCAGAAUGCGUUUCCGGGUGCUCCCGUUCGUGUUGGCCGUCGCCGGUUGUCAGAAAGAGAGCAUCUUCAAGCCAUCGUUGUGAACAACAAAAUCAGCAAUGUCUCCCCUCCGGAUGCUGAUGGAGGCGUAGCGGCCAGCGAAGAGUUGUGCACUGAGCUUGCAAAGAAGCUAAAGCUACCGGGUGCGACGGCAGUCCUGCCAAGUUCGACAGGGGUGAUUGGCUGGAGGCUACCCGUAAUGGAGAUGGUGCAGGCCCUUCCAUCCUCAGAGAUGCUGAAAAAAGGCAGCGCAGUUCCGGCCGCUCGUGGAAUCAUGACUACGGAUCGUUACCCUAAGCUCUCGGCAAAGACCUUCGAUGGUGGAGCAAGAUUGGUUGGAAUAGCCAAAGGCGCUGGAAUGAUUGAACCGAACAUGGCGACGAUGCUCAGCUUUUUGAUGACAGAUGCCAGCUUCGACAGGGCUGAGCUACAAAAGAUGCUGGAGGAAUGCGUGGCCACCAGCUUCAAUGCCAUUUCAGUCGACGGAGAUGAGUCUACCAGCGACACGGUUGUUUUGAUUUCCAGCGGGCAAGCGACGGAGGAAGUCAGCAAGGAGGCAUUCAAGGCAGCCCUACAAGAGGUUUGCUGUGAUUUGGCAGCGCAGGUAGUGCGCAAUGGAGAAGGAACUCAGCAUGUCAUACGCGUGAGCAUCAGUGGUGCUGACACUGACGACACCGCAAAAAGGAUUGGAAAAGCAGUAGUGAACGGGCCCCUGUUCAAGUCGGCUGUUGCCGGCAAUGAUCCCAAUGUGGGGCGCUUGAUCGGCAAGGUGGGGCAAGCUUUGGGGGCUGCGGGUGCACAGAUGGCACAGGACUGCGUGUGCAAAAUCGGUGGGGAGACCAUCUUCGAGAAAGGCCAGUUCAGGCUUGAUACUGCAAAGGAGAAGCGACUGAGCAGCCACUUGAAAUUUGCCGAAGCUGACUGUCAGCUACCUUACCCGCAGCACCGGCGAGUGGUUGACGUGGAAGUAGUCUUGGGAGCCGGACAUGGAAAAGCCGUUGUUCUGGGAUCUGACUUGACCACCGAGUACGUGAAGAUCAAUGCAGACUACCGCUCAUGUGCAAGUCUGGAGCCGAAGAGAAGCCGUUCCAGCAGCCACGAGGCUGUCAGGCUGGGAAUCCAGCUGAUUUGGACAACAGACUUCCAGCAGGCGUUGACAACCUUGGCGCGAGAGAAGGACAAGACGGUCAUGACGUCCACCCGGAACAAGUUCGGGCAGCUGCUGACGGACCUCAUCCAGGUUUGCCUGCAGGGCGACCUGUCCAAGCUGAGGCGCAUCAAAUACGAAACACUUGUGACGAUCCAUGUCCAUCAAAAAGACCUUUUCAUGGAGGUCAUGAAGAAGCCGAAGGACAUGAAGGUCAAAGACGAGAAUGAUUUCGAAUGGCUGAAACAGACACGGAUGUAUUGGCGCACGGAGAACGACCACGCUGUUAUCUCCAUUGCUGAUGUCGACUUCAUCUACUCCUACGAAUACCUGGGAUGUAAGGAGCGGCUGGUCAUCACGGCCCUGACCGACCGAUGUUACUUGACACAGUCACAAGCUUUGGGGAUGUUCUUCGGUGGUGCGCCAGCUGGUCCAGCCGGAACGGGGAAGACGGAGACAACGAAGGACAUGGGCCGGACAUUGGGCAUCUUCGUGGUGGUGACGAACUGCUCCGACCAACACCGCUUCAAGGAUAUGGCGAAGAUCUUCAAAGGCUUAUGGCGAGCCAUGCCGCAGCGCGACAUGGGCCUUUGCCCAUGCCUGGCCCUGGCGAGCCAGCGGUCACCGAGCAUCGUCAGACCGCCCAUGAAGCUGCCCGCUUCACAGCCUGGCCACUUCAGCAUCGGCAGCUUCAACAUUCUCACGCCACGGUUUGCAGAUGUAGAUUACUAUCCUUAUGUGCCACAGGCGUUCCGGCAGUGGGCUUACCGAAGACCCUUGAUCAUUGAGCGACUGUUGUCUCUAGACGUUGACGUUCUGUGCUGUCAAGAAGCAGCAGGAGAAGACCGGUCACUGUUAGACGCUUUGGCACUCUCAGGGUACGAGGCGGUUGCACCUACAGAGCCGCGAAAGGGAAUCGAGAAGCCUGUGACGUUUGUGAGAACAAGCAAAUUCACAGUGGUGACGGUGGAGCAUCGCUCUCGAGCAAGCUUGCUGGCACUGCGUGAGGUUUGUAGCGAUGCAGGUGCGGUGGUCGCGGGUUUUACACCACUGACACUGUUCGUGGCGAAUGUCCACCUGCAGGGUGAGCCUACGGCACAGGAUGCGCGUCGGUCUCAGCUGGAGUCUGUCUGCAGGCGCUUUCGCAAGCUGAGACAAGAUCUUGGCGUCGAUACGAAAUCGAGCUGUGCGGUGGUCGUUGGAGACUUCAACGAGCCGGCGGGCACCCGGCUGCAUGGCGAGCUUCAGAUGCUUGAAGCCAAUGAUGACGAGCAUGGCUCUGGCUAUCAUCCGUUUCCUCGAAGACAUGAGAGCUGGAAGUUCCUGGAUGCCUACUCUGACCUACCUGUACCACCGGCCACCUUCCGAGCUGAGGGACGGCAUGACCGCAUAGACUUCAUUUAUCACAGCAGCAACUUGAAUCUUGGCAGCCUUAGGUGGCCUCUGUCUGCUGGAGAGGAGGAGAGGCUUGGCUGGUCGUUUGGUCGAUGGCCGCCGUGGCCGGACAAGCUGCCAUCUGCAUGGUUCCCCUCAGACCAUGUGCCUUUGGCAGCUGCUUUCGUGAGCGAAGCUACUUCCAAGCCAUGUGCAGAAGAAGGAGAAAAAGGCAUGAGUGGCCUUUGGGGGUGUUUUGACGAGUUCAAUCGCAUCGAGCUGGAAGUUUUGAGCGUGGUGGCCACCCAAAUUGAAUCCAUCAUGCAGGCAAAGAAGCAGAAUGCUAAGACUUUCCUCUUCCCGGGUGAGCCCUAUCCAAUCAAGCUCGUGGCGUCGGUGGGCUAUUUCAUCACCAUGAACCCAGGUUACGCUGGGCGGCAAGAGUUGCCAGAAAAUCUGAAGGUCCUGUUCCGGGGUGUCUCCAUGAUGGUACCGCUUCGGUGCUCUUUGAAGGCAGGUAACGGUAAGAGUGUGCUGCAGGCGCAAGGUUCGGUGCAUCAGCAGGGCAAGGGCAAGGAAUGCUUCGGCCAAAGCGUGCCGCGACAUUUGGAUCGACAGACAUUCCAGGCGGCCCCGCCGGAGCCGUCACUUCCGAUCCCAGAAGCUUUGCGCAUCAUUCGUGAACUGGCUGAGUCACGGAACUUGCUGGAUGCGGUGGGGACAGGGUUGCAGGCUCGUUUGGAUGGGUCGGCGAGAGCGACUGCGCCAGUGUCCGAAGAUGAUGUAAUGCUUCAAAAAGUUUUGGAUGUGCUGUGGCAGAAGUGCGGCUGGGAGCCUCACAUGCAAGAGAAGCACGAAUAUAGCCUUUUGCACCCUCUCCCUGAAAGUUGCGCAGCCGAAAAAAGCCUCCCGCUCAACAUCGCAAAGGCGGCGACCUGCUUCCGAAGCACAGCAGAGACCACAGCAGAGAAGAAGGCGGCUCCUCCAAGACAUGAUCCGGAACUCAUCGGCCACCAGUGCCCCGUUGUAGAUGCGAAGGGCUGCUUAUCACCUGAAGUCAGGGAGCAGCUGGCGCCAUUUUUGAACCCCACUUCACCGUACCCUUGCAUAGUUCGGAACCUGCCUAUAUUCAAUCGAGCUGUGGACAGGUGGGACGUGGAUUAUCUGUAUGAGCACAUGGGUACGCAGCUUUACCAUACCUUCGCUUCUUCUCAGAAUGCAAAGCGCUUUGCCUAUUCCUUCGAGUGCCGCAAUGAGGGAGGUUAUGAGCCAAGUACAAUUGCGGAGGCUUGCAAGAUGACUUUUCAAGACUUUGUGCAUAAGCAGCAAGUUAACGAAGAUGGCAAAUCAUAUUACUUGCAAACACCAGUGUUGCGAUACGAAGGUGGCAUAGUUACCUCUGCCAAAUUCGACGAUGUUCUUGAAGCAGACUUGCAUACCAUGAACAGACAGCUGGUCCAUGAGAUUGCUCAAAUGGGUUGUUUCGGCGAGCUUUCACGAAACCAGCUGUUUGUUAGCUAUUCCGACUUCUUGACCGCAGCACACUACGAUCAGCAGCACAAUUUGUACUUACAGCUGAGAGGCUGCAAACGUUUCUUGCUCUUCGAUGUAACUUGUGCAGAAUGCCUUUAUCCAUACCCGGUUCAUCAUUCACUUGACCGCAAGGCUCGUGUCGAUUUGGAGAAUCUCGAUGUGAAUCGGUGGCCACGCGCUGGUGGAUUGAAAGGUCGGGGAGUGGAUGCCAUGCUCUUUCCCGGCGACCUUCUGUUCCUGCCCAUGAGUUGGUUCCAUCACGUGCAUAGUGUUGGUCAGGAGAACGUGUCUCUCAACUGGUGGUUUUAUGACUCAGGUGUCUUGUUCAGCCCGGCCAAGGUUCGCUGGCCUCUUUCAAACAUUUCUCUUCUGGAGCUGUCCCGGCACAUUGAAUAUUUUAUUGCUGAGCAGUUGGGGCCUUCACUCGUCGGGAUAUUCACGAAUUGGUGGCUUGGCUUUGGGCCUGGUCCACAGCAGAAGGUGCUGGCAGAUCGCUGGCGAGUGGUGCGCAACUACAUCCUGCGGCAGCUUCUCAAGUUGCCUCCGGUUUCCUCACAGUUCGUCUUAGCAGCUCUGGAGCCCAAGCGAUGGGAAGGUCUCGACUCACAGCCCCAAGCUUUGAAGGCGUCGCAAGGCCUACGUGACGAUCACCAAGUCCCAGAGCUUCUUCAAGGCCUCGAUGAGCUGGCCCUCGGUGUCUUCCACAGCCGCAUGCCUGCAUUUGCUUAUCGGGUGCUAGGCCGAGCUAUCGACUGCAUACCGCGCCAAAAGCUCCGCUUCUUUCUGGAAUGUUGCGAGGAAGUCUUAGGAACGCUUCGUGACUUCACCGACUGGGGCGCUUCCGCUACUUCUGGCCCCACAGAAGAGAAACUCUUCAAGAAAGAGGAAGCUCGGAAGGCUCCCGUUGCCAUUCUGCGAACCCUAGGGGAGCUCUGUGACUUAGCAGAGGCUCGCUACGUACGCGUGGCGACGGUAGACAAUGGCUUCUUUGCAAACUGGCUUCAAGUCCUUGAUGCAUGCUAUUUCGCCACAUGUAGGGUGGAUCCUGACUGGGUAAGAACCGGAAAGGAACGUGAGUUCAACUAUGGCGCUGUUGGGGAGGACGUGUUCCACAGUCUCUUCCAGCAAUUACCCCAGAGCGACGCCAACACGUGCGAGACGAAGACUCCGCGCUUCGAUGUGACGCACAGAUUCAACUUCCUCUUGGUGAACGUGUUUCGCGGACAGUUCCUUCGUGGACCCGGGGCAUCAAAACGCCGAGCAGCAUAUGCGGAGGUGGCCGAAAGGUGUUUGCGGCCCCUCCCGGAAGUGCUGGAGUUGCGUGAUCGGGUUCUUGCAAUGGUGCGAGGGCGAGGUUUGCCUGGAGCUCCAGCAUUGAUUGGGGUUCACAAGCGUGUCGACAACCCCGGAACAGCUCGCAUGCAGCUAGAGCAGCGCAUGCUGUGCACUGAGUCCUAUAUAGAUGCAGUGCGAAAACUGAUCCCUCAGUACAGCCGCAAAGGUGUCCCACCUAUAAUCCUGCUUGCAACCGAUGAUGAACCAGCAGUAGCUGCCUUCCGCAUGGCCUUCGGAUCACACCUAGUAUUCAACGAACAAGCAAAGCGGUCAGUGGGAGGCAUCAACGACAUGCAGCUGCCCAGGGAAGUUCAUGGCCAGCCUACGCAAUUGACCCUAGCAGAUGCCAGAGACUGCUUGGUUGACGCGCUGCUGCUAGCGUCCUGUGAUGCCAUCAUUCAUGCUGAUUCCAACGUCACCAUUGCUGCAGGAAUCAUGAACCCAUAUUCCGACGUGUAUCAUGUUCGCGAGCUUUCCCUCACAGCUCAGCUGGAGGGUCAGGCGUGGAACCGUGAGACAAUCAUGCGGGUCAAGUUGGCCUCAGUUGGAUACGUGUACAUGGACAAUCUUGGCAAGAAGUUCAACAUCUUGUAUGCACUUUGCGAGCAGCAGCUCAGCAAGCAGCGACACUACGAUUUCGGGUUGAGGAACAUCUUGAGUGUCCUCCGUCAGUCUGGUGCCGUAAAAAGAGGAGAGUCAGCGGAUGCUGAAGAGGAGAUGCUGUUCAUGCGUACAGUAAGGGACAUGAACUUGUCAAAGCUGGUGGCUGACGAUGUGCCUUUGUUUAUGGCUUUGCUCAAGGAUCUAUUCCCCAAGGUGCAUGAUCCACCAAAGAAGACCUAUGACAGCCUCGAGGCUGCUGUCAACAAGCUGGCUGAAAAGGAACGGCUCUUCGGGAAGGACACUUGGCUGCUCAAGAUCGUUCAGCUUUAUGAGAUUUCCUUGGUACGGCACGGCUUCAUGCUUGUAGGUCCAACCCUUUGCGGUAAGUCCCGCAUCAUGCAGACACUUACUACAGCCAUGACGGAGGAUUCCGAGAGGCCACUGCCGCACAAGCUACAAGUGAUGAAUCCCAAGGCAAUCACUGACGCACAGAUGUACGGCGUCAAGGAUGCCUCGAGCGAUGAGUGGACACCCGGCGUGUUUGCCUCUAUAUGGCAGCAGCGCAACAAUCGUGCACUGAAGUACCACACCUGGAUUGUUUGCGACGGACCCAUCGAUGCAAUCUGGAUUGAGAACCUGAAUACUGUCCUGGAUGACAACAAGAUUCUGACCUUGGCAAACAAUGAUCGAAUCCCUAUGACUGACAACUGCCGCAUUGUGUUUGAAGUUGAAAGCCUCCGAAACGCAUCCCCCGCGACGGUUUCACGUGCAGGGAUCAUCUUCGUCUCUACGUCAGAUCUGGGAUGGGAACCAAUUGUGGAGUCGUGGUACAUGCAGCGUUUGGACAUGGGUAUCAGCAGACAUCAAGAGGUUGAAGUCAUCCGAACUGCCGUGGAGGGCUGGCUGAAAGCUGCACCACCUGAUGGUGGCUCUGCAGUCGACUUCUUUGAUUGGAUUGAUCGAAAUCUGAAGUCAUCCAUGUCGACCAAUGAGUCCAUUGUGAUCACCAACAUACUCAACCUUCUGUCGGCAUCUUUGCGCACGCAUGUGGUCGUGAACGAGGCUGUGCAGGAAGCUGCUUGCCUUCGAGUUUUUGCCUACUCCGUCGCGUGGGGGAUGGGCGGCUUGUUUGAGCAAGAGGCACGGAAGAUUUUCCACACCAAGCUUUGUGACGUGAUGGGCGUCGCCGGACAUGGCCAGUACGUCCCACCCUGCCAGGAGGGCGAGACGAUUUUCGAGUACGUGCCAGAUCCAGCAGACAAGUCUCGACCAUGGAAGCUUUGGGCACCCGCUGAGUGGAAG